UUUGAGGAGAGAAAAGGGGAAACCAAUUGUCCGUUUCUUAAAAGAUUAAGCUAGCCACCAUGGCAAACUGUCUGCCCUGUUUCUUUUCCUUUGCAGUCGCCCUUUGUGUCCUGCUGCCAGAAGGCCAGGCUGCAGCAGAAUCUCCUCUCUUGGCAAACAAUGGUCGGCACCAGAGGACCAAGAGAUGUUCUUGCACCAGCUGGAUGGACAAGGAGUGCAUCUAUUUCUGCCAUCUUGGUAUCAUCUGGAUCAACACACCAAGCCACUUGGUACCCUAUGGGCUCGGAAGUCCUCCAGCACGACCCAAGAGGUCCCUCCGCAGAUGUGCAUGCUCACAUUUGAAGGAUAACCUCUGUGCAACUUUCUGCCAUGGCAAUCCACAAAAUCCCCCGAAAAUUCAGCUGCCCAAAGGCCCAGGAUUAUUGGCAAAGCUUUGUCAGAGCAAAAAUCCCAAGCUUCACAAGUUGAACUUUGGAAAGUUUUCAGGUUCUUAUGCUUUCCGGAAUUGAAUUGACCAGAAGGCUGCCUCCAAGAUAUCAAGGUCUUCCAUGGGAAAAGAGAUUCCUGAACAUAAAGGGAUCAGCAGGAAACCCAAGGAUGCGCCUUGCCUUAGUCAAUGGAGUCCUCCAUUUUCAAGGAUGCUCCCCUAUUAAGGAGUCAAAGAAGAGGACAUGUAACUUUGAUGGAGAAGAAAGAAAAGCUGGGACUGGGAUGAACAAGGAGCACCAUUGCCCAUGGAACCCUUCCCCUGUUAUCCCCAAAGACGAUCCCGAAGAGGAGAAAACAUCUCACCAUUUUUCUCCUGCUCCUCGAUGUUGCUCCUCCUCCCGUGCUUCUUUGUUGGGCUCCAUGGGGCUCCGAGAAAAUGUCCUGGUGGAUAGCUGGUAAUUUACGCACCCAGAAGGGUUUUGGGGAAACGCAAUAUGUGCCCCCCUGAAUGUAACAAGGCGAAGUCCUUCCCACCCACUUCCCUGGAACUUGCUUCUGCUGUUUCGGCAUUUGAUUUUAGAGGCCGUUUGCUUGUGGGGAAUCAAACAGCUCCCCCCCAAUUCUGUCCUGUCCAAAUUCCUCUUUAUUUUUCGGUCCAUUCAGGCAAUCCUCAACUUGCAACCACAAUUGAGCCCAAAAUUUAUAUUGCUAAGUGAAACAUUUAUUAAGUGUUCCAGUUUACGAUUUGUCUUCCCACAUUUGUUAAGCGAAUCACUGCGGUUGUUAAAUUAGUAGCACAGUUGUUAAGUGAAAUCUGGUUUCCCC